AUGACGGCCGAGGGCGCAUCCUCGGCCGAGGUCUCGCGCCGGACAUCGUCACGCGCGUCAACAACCUCAAUACCAAACCGAUUGCCUGAAGGCGGGCCAGGACCGGCGACGGAGGCAUCGAGACUGGCGCGGAGUGCUUCGUGCAGCUCACACUCGGGCUCGGCCUCUACCGACUCGUUCACAUCAGCGACUGAGCGCUCGGAUGAGGAGGAGGAGGAUGACGACGACGACGACGAUGAAGACGAUGAAGAGGAUCAUUACGAACGCCAGCGCCGCCAGCGCAUGCUGGAGAACCAGUCUCUCCUCGCCGAGCUCAACGUCUUCCGGGCGUCCAUCUCCGAGCCAGCCCCACCACCAGCUCCACGCGCACCGCGGCGUUCGACAAAGCACGUCCAGCGCCACGAUCGGUACGGGUACAUCGUGUCACUCCCACCGCCGGGACAGAGACAGGUGUUAGCCGCGAUCGUGGUGCGUACCGACCGUGGGACGCGCGCUGCCAUCGACGCAGGCGAGUAUGUCGACUGCACCGCCUGGGCGGAAGGGGAGGAACGUCGCUGGCGCUUUGGUAAUGGAGAGGGAGUGUUGGAAGAAGGGGAGGCGGAGGUCAUAGGGGACGUUGGGCCCGACUUCCGGUGGAAGACCGUGGAAGCCGUCGACAUGGAGCAGGAACGAGAGGCGGCCACGCGCGCGGCCAUGGAGCUCGGGACUCCGGCUCCACCUCCAGAACCCGCGGUCAAGAAGAAGUACUCAGAACUGCCUGAGGGUACUUGUCAUCAAUGCCGGCGGCGCUCUGCCAAGGCUAAGAUGCGCUGCCGGAACGUCAAUCCGGAGUGUAGGAACUUGUUCUGUGAAACAUGUUGCAAACGAUAUCAUUACUUCGCUUUUGACGAGGAGGAUCGCAGCUUUGUCUGCCCUGUGUGUCUCGACAAGUGCAACUGCAAAUACCACCUUGAAAAGCUCGGCCUCGGGCACCGAGCGGGCUCGGCGUUCAAGGCCCCGGGCGAGGGUGAGGAAUUACGGCCUGGUGAGACGGUUCAACACUACAUCGAGCGGUAUAUCGAGAGCAAGGGCCGAGAGGAUCCGCCGUUCGACCGCGUGCGGCUCGUCAACGAAGCUGAGGAUGUGGUUGCGCCUCCGCUCACAGCGGAAUGGGAGGAGUGGCUCGAGGAGCAGCGGUGCGAGCGACUCGGGAUCAAGCGCAAGCGGAAGAACAAAUCGAAGUCAGCCAAGGUGCUUGGUGGGAAGGGAAAGGGUGGCAAAGGAAGGGGGGGAUGCAAGGUCUUGGUUGCGCCUGGCAUCGAGGGCGAGACGAGCGAAAGUCUGGAUGUUGGCGGUAAGAGUAAUGUAAAAGGCAAGAGACGAGUGCUGCGGCCAAAACCGACUGGCGGCAAGAGCAUCGAGCUGGUGGACGAGAUCAACGCCGCUGCAGCUGCGAACAAGAGGAGGAAACACAACACGGACAUUGUACCGGCCACAAGCACCCCCCUGUCCAACACUCCCUCCCAAACACCUGUGCUGGGCAUCGGGAGCACCUCCACCUCACGCGGAACCAGUGCACCGAUCUUUCUCCGCUUCCGCGCGCCGCCUCGCGUCCGCGAGAUCGACUCGGACGGCGACAGCGUGCGCGGUUACUCGUCAGACGACAGCUUGGAAUCGCAUUCGCCGUCGAUCUCAGGGCAUCCGACGACGAACGACUUCCUCGCGCGCCUGGCGACCGCUGCCGCGCCAGCGUUGCCAAUAUUCCCCAUUGCGGGGAUGGAGGGGAUUCAGGGGAUGGAGGUCGACAGUCUGCAGGCGCUGGAAAUGGGCGUCAAUAUGACCGUAGACGGCUCUCUGCCUCCCGUUCUAGACCAUCUCCCUCCCAUACCUGGCUCUGACAUCGGCCCUCUCCACAAUGAAGGCCCACUGCCGCCCGUCGAUCUCCGGCCUAUACCCGAUUCGGUUAACCCUCUCCACAUGAACGCCCCCGGGCUCGGAUUGAACGCCGACGUUCCCAUCGCCGCCGACGCGCAGUUGAUCCAGCUUGUGGCGGAACCCAGCUGCCUCCGCUUGACUCUCGCUCCCGCUGCGUCCGUCGCGUCGCCAGUCGCACCCCACCGGCGCACCCGCUUCGCCAUUCCCGAACUCUCCCCGCCAGGCCAUGACCCUCUGCCAGCACUGUAUCCGGCCUUCCCCGAACUGGGAUAUGCCUACUCGUCCUAUCCGAUGUACUCACCAUACACGUUUUCUUCGGCGUUGCGGGCCCGGCGCGUGAGGGACCAGGAGAGGGAGCACGAGCGGAAGCAGGCUAGCGGGAACGGGAACGGGAACGGGCACGGGCUCAAUGAGGAGGAUGAAGCACCCGAGCCAUCACGAAAGAGAAGACCCCCGCCGCCGGCCGCGCAUAUUGUGCGCAUGCCGAAGCACCUAAAGGGCCAGAUUGAUCGGCGGAAGCACUCGCACGCAUAG